UGUGUGGUACCAGAGUGAACCGUCUAUGAAGGGGAAGCGGCUUUGUCAUGCCUUCACGACUUUGUGGACUUUUGAGUGAUUGUGAUGUGCACUGCAACUGCUUUUUGGUGAACGGCUAACUAUACAGUUAGCAUUUUUCCCAUUAUUUUACCUGGUUUUCUGGGUCGUCAAAUAUCGUUUUUGUACCACAUGGUGGCGCCAGAAUGAAUCAAGGCUACAUUAUGCUUCUAUGCCAAGAAAGCCCAAUGCCAUGCAAAGUUAGUGUUAACUAUGCUCCGAUAAUUGGGGGUGAAUAUCUAAUUUUCCUUUUGUGAAUAUUCAGGGAGGGAUACUGUCAUAUGGUCCACGACCUACAGCGUUUCACCCACUGGCCACACGGUUUCUGCCCAGCUGGAUUGGUUCUUCAGAGGAUGCUCGCCACCUAUCACGAUGCUUCGUUCAGUUUCUUCACGUCGCUAGAUAUUUUACCAGCAACAUCAACACUAUUUCAUGCAGAGUCAGGUGGCUAGCAUACGGAACGCCCUUAGUUCAUAAUUGCCCCCGAAAAGUGCUCUGCUCUCCUGAGGUAGACCACUGAUGGAGCAGCGACAUACAAGCCCUGGGGACAGUCGUUGUCAUGUUUCCAUGCGUUUCCUCCUGGCCCUCUGCUGAGCCCCCGUCGCCCUGCGGUCAUGUCUCCCUGCCCACACACACUCACACACAGCCCCUGCCUGACCUACUGUGCAGCUGCCCUGCCCCGCAGAUGAACCCUCACCCCGUCCCAGACUACAUGGAGUCCCUUAUCGUGGUGACCGAGUACGAGCCCAAGGGAGGUGAUGAGGUGGAGGACAUGGAGUGCUCUGAGACGCCCUUCAGAACCCACUCCUGCGACCUGCUGUCCCACUCUGUGGGCCACCCCGAGGCCCUGUCCCCUGAGCUCCAGGGGCACAGGGGAAGACUAAACCUGUCAGACCGGAAGCUGUCCCUGCAGGAGCGCUCCCAGACGGCCUCGUCCCCCAACGGGCGCUACAUCUACCCCUCGCUGCCCUACUCGCCCAUCACCUCGCCCCAAUCCUCCCCACGACUGCCCCGUAGACCCACCGUGGAGUCUCACCGCGUCUCCAUCACUGACCUGCAGGACUGCGUGCAGCUCAACCAGUACAAGCUGAAAGAUGAAAUCGGAAAGGGCUCCUAUGGUGUUGUCAAGCUGGCCUACAAUGAAGACAACAACACUUAUUACGCGAUGAAAGUGCUGUCCAAGAAGAGGCUGAUGAGGCAGGCAGGUUUCCCACGGAGACCACCCCCCCGCGGAGCCAAAGCAGCCCCCGAAGGCCCCCCUCAGCCAAAAGGACCGCUAGAACGGGUCUACCAGGAGAUUGCCAUCCUAAAAAAGCUGGACCAUCCCAAUGUAGUGAAGCUAGUGGAGGUUCUUGACGACCCUGGUGAGGACCAUCUGUACAUGGUGUUCGAGCUGGUCAAAAAGGGGGCUGUGAUGGAGGAGUUGCCCACGGACAAGCCGCUAAAUGAGGACCAAGCUCGGUUCUACUUCCAAGACCUAGUCAGGGGGAUUGAGUUCUUGCAUUACCAGAGGAUCAUCCACCGGGACAUCAAGCCCUCUAACCUCCUGGUUGGGGAGGACGGUCACAUUAAGAUCGCUGACUUCGGGGUCAGUAACCAGUUUGAGGGGGCCGACGCCCUUCUCACCAGCACGGUAGGCACGCCCGCCUUCCUCGCCCCCGAGACCCUCUCCGAGACCAGGAAGAACUUCUCUGGCAAGGCAUUGGACGUUUGGGCCAUGGGAGUGACGCUGUACUGUUUCGUGUUCGGAGUGUGUCCCUUUAUGGAUGAACGCAUCAUCAGUCUUCAUCAGAAGAUCAAGACUCAGCCAGUGGAGCUGCCAGAGCAUUCAGACUUAUCUGAUGAUCUGAAAGAUCUGCUACUGAAGAUGCUUGACAAGAAUCCAGAGACCAGGAUAUCAGUACCGCAGAUUAAGGUGCACCCGUGGGUGACGCGGCGAGGAGCGGAGCCCCUCCCUCUGGAGGACGAUAACUGCUGCAUGCUGAUCGAGGUGACCGAGGAGGAGGUUGAGAACUCUGUCAAACACAUCCCCAGUCUGGCCACUGUGAUCCUGGUGAGGACCAUGCUGAGGAAGCGCUCCUUUGGGAACCCCUUUGACUGGGGCCGCCAGAGAACCGAAGACCGAGGCACCGGUCUGUCUGCACCAGGACACGUGCUCACCAAAGGGAGAGCGGGCAAUGUGAGAUGCUGCUACAUUCAUAGUAACCAAAGAAGGAAACAAGAGAGCGGGGAGGGCAUGAGAAGUAUGGACCUGCCCUUGGUGGGCGAAGAUGAGACUCUUUCCUGAUGCGGUGUGGUUUGUCAGCGCGAGGGUGAAGGCAUGCUAGCGAAUUAUGUUGGUUGAAGACACUAAUGUAUUUUGUGGAGGUGGACAGGACUGUUAUAGGGAUGUGACGGGAGCCUGAACACCCUUUUGGUGAAAGCUCCCUCCUGACUGUCACUCACUAACACCCAUCUGUAAUGCAUGCUCAUGUUUCUAGUCAUAGCAUGCUCUGUCACAGGCUUCUGAUAUAAAGGUCUGUAUUUUAGCCUAGGUACAUGUGUUUCUCCAGGCCUCCUCCGUUUGAAAAGGCUCUCACGUUUACUACAGGGGUAUGGGGGACGGUUGUACAUUUUCAAGGGGCGACCCCUGUCCCCCACAUAUUAAUAGAGCAAGUUACUUAACUAUGAUUGUCUGGACCACUCACCAUUAAUGUGGACAGUUUUGUAACGAUAAACAGGAGAGGUUUAUUGAAACGAACAAUAGAUUUACUACAUUCCUGGUAUGCAUGUGGGUUUGUUUCUUUCCCAGUGCAGCCAUUGUUUACGCUGCACAAUCAUAGAAUUAGUUAUCCAGGCACAAACUAUUUAUUUGAUUCAUUCAGUCCUCACUAAUGGUUUGUUAUAAAAUGUCUCCCAGUUACUACAACUGGUGAAGAGCUUUUAAAAAAUGCCGUGUUUUCUAACGCACUUACUUCUUAAAACGUGUGGCGGGCCAAGGGAGAUGAUACAAUGUUGAAGCUCAAGCCAAAAUAAUGUGUUUGUGGCAUGUUUGUUUCUUUAAGUUUUUUAUAUGGUAAUAGAUUGACGGGUGUGGUUUUUAAACCUCUCAUUUUCAGGACACCAAAAAUAAAUUCAAUUGUGUAUUUUGUAAACUAAUAGCAAACACCUUUAAAACAAGUGACUAUUUCUAAUUGCAAUGUCAUUGUGAAAUGAUAGGAGUUAUUGUCUCUUACAAAUGAAUUUCACUCCCAGGCAUAUCGUGUGGCUGCAGACCUCUUGUACAAAUCUAUGCAUGACAUAUCUGUUACGGAAGUGUUGGAAUUCGUUUGAAUUAGAUAAAGUUGUCAUCAGAUAUGGUAAGAUACAAACGUGCUAGUAGAACUCAGACAUUGCCACUGGAGUGCAACUCUUUUUCCAUGGCUAAGCGGUCGAAUGAUCUUCCUAGUUGUCUUGUGGCAUGUUUUAAUUUUCUUUUUUUAAUGUUUACCUCUUGCCUUUUUUUUGCACGUAGAUAGACUGUGUUUGUGUAUGGAUAGCUACAGUCGCUGGACAUGUUUGUGGUUCCAUAGUAUAUCUUUGAAACAACAUUAAUUCAACAAUUAAUGCUUCCAACAUACAGAUUUUUUUCAGCACCAACGUGUUGAAUGUAUGAUAACGGUACAUAUAUAUUUUUUGGGGGGUGGGGGGAGGGGACAUUUCUUGCAUGUCACUACUGUAUGUUAAAACAAUCUGAAUUGAAUGUUGUGUGUUUUUUAAGACUUAUUACUUACUAUGCAUACGAAAUGUCACUGUGGUGCAGCGCUCCACCCUGUCAUUGGUCUGUCAUGUAUACUGUGUUGUUGGAGGGUACAGUAUCUAAUUGAGGUCUCUGUAUACAGUAGCUGACCACUUGGUAUGGCAGUACCUGUUUGGGGAUCUCACCAUCUUGUGUAAAAUGUUCAGGAAUAAUAUGAUGGAAUAUUAAAAGGAAGGAGAAGAUACUGACUAUGACCUCAGUCCAGAUCAGAAGCGGCGGUUAGAGCGCUGGGCCUGUGACCGAAAGGUUGCUAGUUUGAAUCCCUGAGCCGACGAGGGAAGAAAAUGAAAUGACAACUUAUUUUAUCACUCCACAUGAAAGUGCUACCCUCCCCUUCAUUAUAUCAUAGAAGAGGUUGGGUUUGACUACAGGGCUGAAUUAAAUGCAACCCACAGAACUCUGUAUUAUAUUUGUAUUUAUACAUAUAUUUCAUCUUCCCUUUUUGUUUCAGUCUUUGCCCAUUCUUAUUGAAAGGGCUAGGAUUACCUUUAUUGUCCAUAUCACACAAUGUACUGUAGCAUAAUGCCAUCCAUUGUAGUGAGAGCUUUGGUGCCUCUACCCAAAUGCAUGCCAACAUACUAUAAAAAUACCAUUGAAUUGUCAUAGCAUAACAGAGCUUCUCACAAAACAAGAGCUCAUAAUAAUUGAAUCUAUUGUAUCCAGUUCAUUAUUUGAGUAAAUUACAGUUAACUUUCUGCAAUGUC